AUGGGAGCCGGCCCAAAAACGCCCGAACCUUCAGCUCCCAAUGAUGAGUUACGCCAACCGUCUCCUCCACGACCAAGGCUAAGACUCAAGAGACGUCACGUAUCUCAACACUUAAACGCGCCAACCCAGCACUUUUUGGCAUCGGUUGCGGCCGCAGAUGUGCCAAUUCCCAGUAUCGAGGUACAGGUGGACGACUCGGACAGCAUGGAGAUACCUGAGCAUCUAAACCUACGGACAUUUUCACCUCCUAAAACGCCUGCUGUUGAGUUUGUACCAUCUUCCGAAGCCAAGUAUCCCGACUGGUCUGUUGGUUCGGAAUGGAGUUGCUCGGAUAUUGAGUCAAGUCCAGAAUACGAGUCCAGUAGGCCAUCAACGGCAUUCUCUACUCAGACUAGCGCAUCGUUAUUCAGUCAAUUGUCACGUGCUUCUGAGGAUGACUUCGUUAACCCAGAGCUUAAGGUCCCAGAGUUUUCUGGGUCAAAGUCCUAUCCUGAUGCAGACGUGACGCGUCACGAGAGGUCGCGAAAAGCGCCGUGGACUAAGGCCAUGGACUCGCAUUUAUGGUCAACAUAUAUGCUCUAUCUACAAGAUCCACGAGUUACCCCGAUUCGCCUUGGCAGGAGCCGCAUUCCUCCUAGUGGAGUGUGCCUACGUGUCGCCAGGGAAGCCAAGAGAAGCUGGAAGGGGUCCAAGACACAUUUAACAGCAGAUAUGAAAAGUGGCAGCAAUACACCCACCGCAGAGUCCUCGAAGCCAUAUAUGGAAUGGCCUCAUACAUGUGCUGCCACUCGAGCUCAUCUGCGUGAGCUUUGUAGGAUCAAGGCUACUGCUAGUCCAGGAAAAUACAAGUCACCAAGUCCUACGCCCUUCCACAAGGCGGCCCAUCGUCGUUUCAACCGAAAAUCUGUACCGGCUACAUCCUCAUCGGUAUUUUCUGCCCAUGACAUGGCCUUCUCUUUGGCGGUGAGCACAUCGGACACCAUGAGACCCGAGGCUCCCCUAGCUCAACUCACAAGUUCCGAAGUCGAGCCACUACCGGAGACCGCAGAUGAUAUAAGGCGGGAAAUGGUAACGCCCGAACGAGAACUGCCAUCUGCCGACAUUCCGCAUCUGCCCUCUCCAGUCCUGGCUAAGAGCUAUGGGCCUAGCUCAUCUUCGUCUCUUGCCGAUGGUAUUAGCUUGCCUCGACAGUCAAAUACGCUAGGUUCGCGGAAGCUUCUCAAAUCACCGGUUCGUCUCACCAGGUCACGCUCGGGCACCCAGAAACGUAGGUCAGUUAAGAGUCUGGAGGAAAUGCCGCGAAAGCGACCAAGCAUAUCGACUGCUUUUUGGAGGGGAUCCGAGGGUUCAGAUGAUUUGACCCAGGCUCAAGGCUCGGAGAGACGUGACCAGAACGACAGUGUAUUCAAACAAAAACACCAAGGCCAUUGCAGAUCGUUUUCUGCCUUUUCUAUCCCACGUGAUGAGGACCCCUUCGUUAUAUCGGCCUCACCCGAGAACUUGGCUACGCAACCGCGUCGCCUAGGUUCCCCAUUUUCCGGCGCAGGCUCCAGUCACAGCUUCCCUAACAGACUAUCAGCGCCCAUCAACUUCAAUAUGACAGCUUUACGCCGACCUUUUGCGACGGUACAACAACCAAACCAGGAACGUCCAGGAACACAAUCGCCUCCAAGAUCCUCUCUGGCGUCUCGUCUGGCUUACCUUGAUCAGCGGUUAAGAGAACUUCGAAACCGUGGCAGUGAUCGUAGACGCUCUCAGUCCCCCCUCUAG